UCCGUUCGCUGGCAGUCGCACAGAAUAGCCACAACCGCUCAGUCGUUCGCUCGUACCGCAUUAACCAUUUGGGCAGCAAGGACCUGGGUCGUAAACGCGCAUCUAUUCCAAUUCUAUGGAGCCGCUGCAAAUCGCACUACAAAUAUUUGUGUAUUUGCUGCAAUCAAUAGGGAUGUACAUAUGGCGAUGAGUUCGAGUGAGUGAAUCCUGGCCCAUACGCAGGGUGUUCUCGAGUUUCCAGGCCGUUCGGAAAAGUUUGCAAUUUUCGCGCGAGAGUGUGUGUGUGUAUCCGUGUGCGUCCUUUUCGUAUCUGUGUAUCGGGGAUUUGUAUCUGUGUAUUUGUUGGCACUGUGCUCGACAAAACGAUUGCGAUUUUACGCUGACGCUGCAACAGAAGCAGUUCGCUUCAAUGGAACUUGACAUAGUACCUCCCACCGCCCCCUAACCCCCUUUUGCAAUAUACUAUACUACAUAUAUGUGCACUGGUGUAUGCGUGUGGUAUUUUUACCACCGUCGAGUGUCCUCGACACACUCACACAUCCGUAAAGUAUCCUGCAGCGGAACCCCCAGCACGUCAUUUGCCCCUCAUAUACAAUUCCCCAAACUAUAUUUUCAUUAAUAUAUCUCUUAUACAUUGCUUUUGCUUUUUCAGUGGCUCUUCCAAGUGCAUUUGCCAUUACAAUUCAAUGCACUAUCUAGAUGCAUGGCUAGUCACUAAAAGCCACGCCAAAGUGUUUUCACUUUUUGAUGCCAGACUUUGCCAGUCCCUCGCUAAUUUAUUUAAACAUUGUUAAACCAUUCAAACCGAACAAUUCAAUUAGAUAAAGUCUGCUAAAUGCUGCGACGCCUCCAUAUUGCCAUAUUCAUAUUGAAAAGUGGGGCAUAAUCGAAAUUAGAUAUCUCAUCUGGAAAUUUAUGAAGUGCAUUUUAAAUUUAAAAAUUUUAAUGUAGUUUUCGGGUAAUGUUUCAUAAAUAGUUCUUCUAAGAAUUUUCUAUGGAAUAAUUAACCGAUUAUCGCAGCACUUCCUGUUUAUGAAAAAAAUAUAAGUUGCUUAUUUUGUUAUCAUCAAUUGAAACACAAAAAAAUAGGGGCAGAGCUGGGAUUUAUUGCAGCCCGCAUAUCUCGGAACCCAGACUCGGCUAGACUCAAGCAUUUAUCGUGCUUAGAAAAAGUUUUUGGGUUUUGUAGCUUAUUUAAAAACUAUUAAAAUUAUAUAGACUAAGAUAAAUUUAAUCAAAGUUGUUCUUACAUUUUGUAUGUAAGUUUGCUGUUUAAAGACAACAUGACCAGCAUAUUUAAGCACAAGUUUGUACUUAAAGUGCUACGAGUCCACAUGAAGAAAUUUAAAUACUUAACUGAAAUGCCAAAAAGGUAUUUACCAUUUUUUGACUGCAAACACUACCAUAAACCAAGUCAUCCCUGAAAAAUUCCAGUACUGGGUAUAAAAAUCGUAUAAUCAUAUUUAGCUAUCUAAAAAACGUGUCAUGGAUUAACACAACAAAAUAUCUAAUCAAUGUUUGUUACACGAAACUAAAAAAAGUGGAAACUAAUGACCGUGGACGGCAUCGUGAUCGAUGAAAUAAUGCCACUGAAGCUCAGAUCCAUCAUGAGGCAUCAACAGCUUUAUUUCCCCAUUCAGCUCCCAUACGCCAUACCUCAUACCAUUACCCAUUUGUAUUUCUAUGUUUGGGCUCCGUCCCAUUCGCAAAUCUGGCGUCAAAGUGUUCGGACCGCUGACGAAACGCUUAGCAGAACGUCGAAGCGAUGUAGUUUAGCAGACGUUGCAUUUCCAUUAAUUAAAUUCGCCAGCCGCCCCUUCCGACAGCCCCUUUUCAUUGGGCCCAGCCAAGCUGCGGAAUCAACUUAUUGUUGAUUGUAAACCAAUAAAGAAAAAAAAAAGACACUGCAAUAAACAUUCCAAAGCCGAGCGCUUAAAUGACAUGGCAGAGAAACGCCUACUGCUGGAGCGAUCCGACGCCUCAGAGACGGAGGAGCUGGAAGUACAAAUGACCCGACGGAGCGGAGGAGUCCUCCAUGCCAUCCAGCACCGAUCGCUGCCCGUGAGCAGGAAGUCGGUGCUCGGCCUGCUGGUGUCCUUUGUGUUUUGCUACUUCCUGAUUGGACGAACCGAGUGGGCGAAUGUCCUCGAUCUGGAUGUCCUGCAUUCGAAUAACUAUGUGACGGUUCAGCAUCAGUCCACUGUGAUGGAUGUUGUCACCGAGACACAUAAUGAGAUUGUUCCAUUUGUGCCCCCGAAAGGCUUCCUGGUGUAUAGCAACUCCUGCCGGAUCAUGGAGGUGGAUCCCUACAAGAACGAGGUGAUGCGCCACUUCAAGCGGCUGAAGUACACGGCCUGUCAAAAGCUGCCGCCCUUGACCCAGGUCAAGUUCCAGGAAAAGUCCCAGAAGUACGUACUCAGCGUAGAUGGAGCUGCUUUCAGUCGGUAUCCGGUGGGCAAUCAGCUCCACUGCUGCUACAUGGAGGUUCAGCGGGUUAGCGAGAUGGAGGUCAAGUACACCAAGUGCAAAACCUUCAAGGGGAGCACGGAACUGCCCAAUUCCGCAGAGGGAAUCAUUGUCAAGUGCGAUUCCGGGGGACGGCGGAUCUACAUCAAUGGCCAUGCCACCGUUCCCGUCAAGGAGGCAGUGCAGCAGAGACUCCAAAAGGCAUCUAAGGCCAAGGAAGCCAAGAAAAAGGAUAAGGUCCAAGUGAGGCCGCCAAGUGUUCUGAUGCUCGGCAUCGAUAGCAUCUCCCGCGUGAAUCUAAUCAGGGCCAUGCCGAAAACAGCCCAGUAUCUCUACGACAACGGAUGGUUCGAGCUGGCGGGUUAUAAUAAGGUGGACGACAACACAUUUCCGAACAUCAUGGCAGUGGCCACCGGCUACAACCUCCAGAACGCCAUGCAGGCGUGCUCUCCCUACGUGGUAGGUGGCCUGGACAAGUGCGACUUCAUCUGGAAGCAGUACCAGCAGAGGGGCUAUGUCACCGCCUUUGCGGAGGAUGCUGUGAAGAUCAACACGUUCAACUACCUGAAGAAGGGCUUCCGGAAUCCGCCGGCGGACUACUACUUGAGGCCCUUUCUCUCCGCUGCCGAGGCGCAGCUGGAUCACACGACGGUCAAUGGUCUGCUGCACUGCCUCGGCUACGAGACGGAGGCGGAGCACGUGUACGACUAUGGGCUGGAGUUCACCAGGAGAUUCGUGAACGAUACGUACUUCGGAUUCUUCUGGACGAACACGCACAGCCACAGUGAUAUAUCGCAGACCAGCAGCAUGGAUGACUACAUGGCGGAGUAUCUGCGGAAGUUGGUGCUCCAGGGCACCAUGGACAACAGCGUGGUGGUGUUCUUCAGCGAUCAUGGCAUGCGUUUCGGACCCACCAGGGCCACCUGGUCUGGUCACCUGGAGGAGCGUCUGCCGGCAAUCUUCAUCUGGCUACCACAUCACCUGCGUCGCUCACAUCCGGAGUUUGUGCGUGGCCUCCAGUCUAACAGGAAUCGCCUGACCACGCCCUAUGACCUUCAUCUGACCAUGAAGCACAUCCUCUCGUUAUCCGGGCGAGUCGACAUGGAAUCAUUGGGGCCGGCACCCGACUGCCCGCAAUGCCAGAGCUUACUGCGACCCGUCUCCCCGGUGAGGAGUUGCUCCGAUGUGGGCAUCGCGGAUCACUGGUGCACCUGCUGGGAGUACGUCACAAUCUCCAGCACCUCCAAGGAAUCCCGGAUGCUCGGCAAGCGGGUGGUGAGCUACCUCAACACUUAUGUGUCGGAGUUCCGCAACGGAACCUUCGCUAAGCUGUGCGCUCCGCUCUCCCUGCACAGCAUCAAAUCCGCUUUCCGGGCUCAUCAAAAUGCCCUGGAUCCGGAGGAGGUGCACACCUAUCGACUGAUCUUCGUCACAUCGCCCAACAAGGGCCAGUAUGAAGCCACCUUGCGGCACAAUCGCACGGAUGAUUCCGUUCAGGUGACGGGAUCGGUGAGCCGAUUGAAUGUCUAUAGUGGAGAGGCGGAUUGCAUGAGUGAUUUCGGUGCCAAAAAGUAUUGUUAUUGCCGGAAAAAGAAGGGAUAGAAGUGGUCGUAGGAUUAGAACUAAGGCUAGUGCCCAAGUGCCGUUAAUCAGAUUAGAAUCUGGCAGUACAAUUAUCUUAGUCUUAUAUUAUAGAAACCUCUUCCUCUCUAUGCCUGAAAUAAAGUGGUGUUCUUUUGAAACUUCUGGAGAUUUUAAAAUAUAAUUCAGGGUUUCUGAAAAUAAAAAAAAUUAAAAUCUUUAGUUUAUAAAAUCAAAUAUAUAUACGAAGAGUAGUUAUUUACUUAUUAUUUACAAAUCUUCAGAAGUUUACGAAUUACCCAUGUUCAAGCGUAUUUUAAGAUUAGUUGUUACCCAUGUAAAUAAUUUACUAUCCCUGCUCCAAGAGACUUUUGCCAAUAAUUAGUUUAGUCAUCUCUUUAUAUAUAGUUAAUCGCUUAACUACUAAACAUUACACUUAUGAUUUGAGAUAUAUAUGUGUUUAACUCAUAGUGAUAUUAUAACUUGAAAUAAUAAUUCUGUUUGAAAUAAAGGGUCGAGUAAUUGAAGCGUCUAA